CUGCUGCAGGUUCCUCUCUCUGUCUCUCUCUUUCUCUCUCCUGGAAAAAGGGCCCUCCUUGACCAGCUGCCAAAAAGGGAGGAGGAAGAGGAAGGAUGGGGGGGAAAGAGGAGAAACUGGACCCCGUGGCUUUGGGAAAGCGGAGCGUCAUCCUCUGCAACGCCAUGGAGAAGAAGGAGGAGGAGGAGGAGGAGGAGAUGGAGAAGGGGGACAGGACCCUGGUCCCUGCCUCCUCCAUGUGAAGAAGAAGAAGGGGAAGGAGGCCCUGGAUCCUUGGGGGGAGAAGAAGGACAAGGAGAAGGGGUGUGGGUGUGAACCACAACCACCCCCUGAUUGUUGUUAUUAUUUUCCAUACAGACCCAGUUCUCCUCCUCCUCCUCUUGGGCAGCCACCCUCCCUCCUUCCCUCCCUCCUUCUUCCUCUUGCUGGGGAUUUGUUUUUUAUUUUGUGUGUGUGUGUAUUUUUAAGCAAAGAAAAGGAAGGGGGGUGUUCCUCCUGGCCGCCGCAGCCAUGAAUUCGGCGGAGCAAACGGUGACCUGGCUGAUCACUCUCGGGGUGCUGGAGUCCCCCAAAAAGAGCAUCUCGGACCCGGAGGGGUUCCUGCAAGCCUCCCUCAAGGACGGGGUGGUGCUCUGCAGGCUGCUGGACCGCCUGCUCCCCGGCACCAUCGACAAAGUUUAUCCGGACCCCCGGACAGAGACGGAGUGCCUGAGCAACAUCCGCGAGUUCCUCAGGGCUUGUGGCUCCACGCUUCGCCUGGAGACCUUUGAUGCAAAUGACCUGUAUCAAGGACAGAACUUCAACAAGGUGCUUAGCUCCUUAGUUGCACUAAAUAAAGUCACAGCAGACAUUGGGCUAGGAAGUGAUUCUGUAUGUGCAAGGCCAUCCUCUCACCGGAUAAAGUCAUUUGAUUCCUUGGGAUCCCAGUCUCUACAUAGCAGAACUUCAAAACUUUUUCAAGGCCAGUAUCGAAGUCUGGAUAUGACAGAUAACAGCAACCACCAAUUGGUGGUAAGGGCAAAAUUUAAUUUUCAGCAGACCAAUGAAGACGAACUUUCUUUUACAAAAGGAGAUAUUAUCCAUGUUACAAGAGUAGAAGAAGGAGGCUGGUGGGAAGGAACUCACAAUGGCAAGACAGGAUGGUUUCCUAGCAAUUAUGUAAGAGAAGUGAAAUCAAAUGAAAAACCUGUCUCCCCCAAAUCAGGAACUCUAAAGAGCCCUCCAAAAGGGUUUGACACGUCUGCUAUUAGCAAAAGCUAUUAUAAUGUGGUGCUACAAAACAUUCUAGAAACAGAAAAUGAAUAUGCUAAAGAACUACAGACCAUGCUUUCUAACUACCUGCGACCAUUACAAGCUAGUGAAAAGUUAAACUCUACAGAUACUUCUUAUUUAAUGGGAAAUCUAGAAGAAAUCAGUUCUUUUCAGCAAAUGCUUGUACAGUCUUUAGAAGAAUGCACCAAGUUGCCUGAAACUCAGCAGAGGGUUGGUGGUUGCUUUCUAAAUCUGAUGCCACAAAUGAAAAAUCUGUACCUUGCCUACUGUGCCAACCAUCCGUCAGCAGUAACAGUUCUUACAGAACAUAGUGAAGAGCUAGGAGAAUUCAUGGAAACAAAAGGAGCCAACAGUCCUGGGAUUCUUGUAUUGACAACGGGCCUGAGCAAACCAUUUAUGCGGCUGGAUAAAUAUCCCACAUUACUCAAAGAGCUUGAAAGACACAUGGAGGAUUAUCAUCCAGAUCGACCAGACAUUCAGAAAUCCAUGACAGCCUUCAAAAACCUUUCUGCACAAUGUCAAGAAGUACGAAAAAGAAAGGAACUUGAACUCCAGAUACUAACAGAAGCCAUCCGCUGUUGGGAAGGAGAGGACAUUAAAACAUUGGGAAAUGUUAUUUAUAUGUCCCAAGUCAUGAUACAGUGUGCUGGUAAUGAGGAAAAGAAUGAAAGAUACCUUCUCCUCUUUCCUAACAUUUUGCUCAUGUUGUCUGCCAGCCCUAGAAUGAGUGGGUUUAUUUAUCAGGGGAAAUUGCCACUGACAGGGAUGACCAUUGCAAAGCUAGAAGAUAGUGAAAAUCACAGAAAUUCAUUUGAAAUUUCAGGAACUAUGAUUGAACGAAUACUGGUAUCUUGUAAUAACCAACAAGAUUUGCAUGAAUGGGUAGACCAUCUGCAGAAACAAACCAAAGUAACAGCUAUUGGGACUCCUGUUAUUAAACCCCAUUCUGUGCCAUCUCACACGCUUCCUUCUCAUCCUGUAACACCAUCCAGCAAGCAUGCAGAUAGUAAGCAAAUGCCACUAACUCCAGUAUACCACACUCUUCCACAUCCUUCACAUCAUGGGACACCUCAUACCACUAUAAACUGGGGACCCCUGGAGCCUCCUAAAACUCCUAAGCCGUGGAGUUUGAGCUGUUUACGACCAGCACCUCCGUUAAGGCCUUCAGCAGCACUCUGUUACAAAGAGGAUCUCAGCAAAAGUCCAAAAACCAUGAAAAAACUGCUCCCCAAGCGAAAACCUGAACGGAAACCAUCAGAAGAAGAGUUUGCACUGAGAAAAAGUACUGCUGCAUUAGAAGAAGAUGCUCAAAUACUAAAAGUAAUAGAAGCUUACUGCACAAGUGCCAAAACGCGGCAAACAUUAAAUUCAAGAAUUGGAGUCCAGAAACAUGUGGGGAGUCACAAGUGCCCUGACCCUGUGAUAAAAGAUUGCCAAAUAUUUUCUUGGAGAUUGAAGUUAGAAGCCUUUUCUGAGACUCUAAACUGAUGUGUGUGAAUUUGGCCUGCUUCUCAGCUUCCAGCAGAGGUUGAUGAUUGAAGAUUUCUGGUGUCGGUGAUUUUGCUUUUCUGCAUUUCACUUCCAUCCCAUCUCCAGAAGUUUCACCCUUUUUAAUUAUGUGGUCCUUGUGAUGGAGUGUGUUGUUAUAUUAUUUUGAUUGAGACUCCCUAAUGUGGGGGAUAAUAAUCUUUGUGAUCAUUUGAAUAAUGUUUGAAAUAUCUCCUGUGAUUUUAUUUUGAUGUAUUGCCAGAGGAAAUGCUUUAAAUGGAAUCUACCUGUCAGUGUUCCAAAGUUUGGUUUUAGACGUACAAAUAAGAUAUUUAAUAACUUUAAUUCCUUUUUACUGACUUUUAUCCCUGUGUGCAUACAAGGUUCCCAUCUAAAAGUCAGAAAUCCUUAUUUGUUUUCACAUUUCUCAGUUAUAAUAAAGCCAACUAGUGAUAUUGAAAUGCCAGUUUGGAUGUGAAUAAAAUUAAUAUGACAGCCCUGUGUUUGUGUCCUGUGUUCUAUAUAUCUUGAAGUACUGAAGAUAAUUGCUAUUACUACAAACUGGAUUUCUUAAAUUUGAUAUUGUGAUCAAUUUUUACACAUUUUAAAAGGCAAUUAAGUGCCCCUGGAAAACAGUCAGAAUCAGUUUUGUAUGAACCAGGAAUCUGUCCACUGGAAGCAAAGAGGUCAUCCCCCCCCCCCAAAUAAAAAUGCUGCUCCCUAAUGAGAUUUUCCUUCAGUCCCCAAAUUUCUAGCAUUCCAGUAAUGUGAAACUUCAUUUGACCAUUUAGAAAUGCUUUUAGGUAUCCAAAGAAAAGAAUCAGGCAAAGUGAACCAAGGGAAUGCCAAACACAGCCAGUAGAAAGGUUUGAGAUAUGAACAAUGGUCAAUUAUCUAAUUGUACAGAGUGUUAGAAAUUUGGGGGAUAAAACAAAAUUUCAUUCAAGAAUGCCUGUUUGGGGGUCAUUGGGGCUGUGCAGACCACCACUUUUAGAGCCAGAUUGGGGCUGCAGCGAUCUGGUCUUUCCUUUUUGCACCCUGGAAAGGGUGCUGUAGCUGCUGCUUUACGAUGUUCCUUUGACACUGCGUCAUCUAAACACAGCGCCAGAGGAGUGCCAUGAUGCUGUGUGCUGUGUGGCUGCUAUGCCCAGACCGCCCCCAGGGUGGCUUUAAUGGCUGAUCUGCACAGGCCCAUUGUCCUCAUUUUCCCCAUCCAUAGCUAUACCCCCUAAUAUAAACCCAUUUACUUGGCUAGUUCUGCAAAAGAUACUCAAUUUCACCAUUUUCAUGGAUUAAUAAACUGUUGUGAUGUGCAGCCAUUCCUUUCACAUUGCUCUAAAGGUUUAAUGUUGUACAGUCUGAGAGGUUUGUGAUUGAAGUUCUGCCCACCAAAAAUAGGCGACUUCUCCAUUGAAUAUGCCAGGGAUGAAGUCUUCUGGGACCUAUGACCUUCUCCCAGGCUCUCUCUCUCCCUCAGAAAGGACUGUCUAGUAUUGUCAGUUCUUUUUAAAAGAAACCUAAAAGGUUUAUGUUAACCUACUUACGGAAAAUGAAUAUGUACAUAUAUCUAAUGUGCUGUGCUGAUCUAAAACACAGAACCACCUCAAAGUUAAAGCACAGAGCCACAAAAUAGUGCAGUAAUAUUCUAAUAAACUUGAUUUCAAAAAUAGAAUCAUAGAGUUGGAAGAUACCUCAAGGCUCAUGAUUGUAGAUUAUUCAGUUCUUGGAGAGUGGUUUCAGAGUUCUGGAAAAAAUAUGUACACAUACUUGUGUAAUGAGAAAUUUUUCCAAAAUAAAGGGAAAUGGACAAGCCUGCUUAAUGUAUAUGUUUACACAGUCUAAUUUUCAAUAGCACAGAAUUUGGAUAAAACCUCAGUUGCUUUAGCCCAAAUAACAUGCAAUCCUAUUCAUAGCCAACUCCCAUUAUUAUAUAUAUUAUGUAGUACAUGAAAUAUUAGUUGCCUCAAGGUUUCUCUUCACCACUAUUAAUUGCCUCAGGAAUUUAAAAUGAAAUCUCAAGCCUUUAACCUAUUUGUACCUCACCUGCUUAGCAUAUAGAACAGAGAACAGAUUUGGAAAUGAAUGUAAAUUUCAGUUAAAUUGGAAAGUUCAUUAUUUUUGAUAGUUGACAUGACUAACACAAUAAAUCAGAUGCUACUGGAAACCAUGAUGUGGAAAUGAUCUCCUCCCCGGUUAAACUGGAAAACUAGGUUUUCAUGGCAUUACAGUGAAGUUGCAAACAUUACUAGAGUGCCUAUUGAAAAAGGCCAAAUGUGCUUUUAAAAACUUUUGCAAGGAGCAUAUACUGACUCAUUUGGAAAGUGCACAUUGUAUAGUACUUAUGAAGGAUGUAUCUGAAAAACCAACAGAUGGAAAGUGUUUGCAGCACCAGUUUACGUUGUUAUAUCAGGAUAAGCUCACUACACCUUAAGUUCUAAAAUAUGCACUGCAUACACGGAUUUUUCCUGAAGGUUCAUUCUUUUUGUUGAAUAAAGAAAAGCUGUGCAGUACAGAUUGUUUCACUGUAGACCUUGCAGGGAGUAGAUGGCAAUGGUGCAAUCUCAUUGUAUGGUUGUGAAAAUGGACCCAAUGUAUGCUGCU